UUACCUUCUUGUCAGCCUCGUUGUCUGCUGGUGCACUUUGACCCCAGCUGCUCGGCAAAUGUCAUCCAGCCAGAAAGGGCCUUGCUGCAGUAGUGGGGGGGCGUCAUAAGAGAGAGAGAGAGAGAGAGAGAGAGAGAAAAAAAUAACAACAUUAUCAACCACGGUUCUCUCACCGCAUCUUGGCUCCACGUCUCCGCGGAGUCGAGCGCCACAUCCUCGCCGACCAGACGCCGCCAACACCUGCCCGCCGCCUGCAAGCGCGCUCGGCGUGGGGAAGAGCAAAUAGACGGUGGCUGACAUGGCCAAGAGCAUGAUGCCUCCCCUGAAGAUGCCCGUCCAGCAAAGCAAGUGGCUUGUGACGACGACGCCCAGCAGAAGAUCCUUGGACUGAAGCGUGCGUCCCUUCACACCGAUGGCCUGGACUGAGUUUCAGCUGGCCUGCUGAAGCCAUGGGGAGCUGUUGGAGUUGUCUGUACAGGGACCCCAUCCGAGACAACCAUCUCACCAAGUUUAAGGUCGUCAAUGUGGACGAUGAAGGCAAUGAGCUGGGCUCUGGCAUCAUGGAGCUCACUCAGACCGAGCUCAUUCUUCACACACGCAAGAGGGACGCCAUCAGGUGGCCGUACCUCUGCCUGCGCCGCUACGGCUACGACUCCAACUUGUUUUCUUUUGAGAGCGGCCGCCGCUGUCAGACUGGACAGGGGAUCUUCGCCUUCAAGUGCGCUCGCGCUGAGGAGAUCUUCAACCUGCUCCAGGAGCUGAUGCAAUGCAACAGCAUCAACGUGGUGGAGGAGUCCAUGAUGAUGACUCGCAGCGGCCACACGGCAGAAAUGGAGAUGUCUCACACACCGCAGACUCCCAAUACUCCAGCAUUCCCCGUGCAGGCUUUUCCCAACGGAUACCCCGGUUAUCCAAUCAGAGGAGAGUCCUCCCAGCCUUCCCUUGCCGAGGAACACGGACACAACCUCAUGGGCUUGGAAGACCAGACACACACCUACGUGAACACUGUGACCAUGGAGGGCGAUCUUGCCAUGCGUCACUGCGUGCACGCCCUCCCUGAGGUGCGGCCCAGCACUUUCCCAGAAACGACACGCGGGGCCAUGCCAGGUGCGGGUCAAGGGAAUACUCAGUCCAACCUGCGGUGCUGCCCCCUGGAGGAGCAUAAAGAUCCUCAGGUGUUCCUCCAGCCGUCAUCACAGGAGGUGAAGUUCAUGCUGGGCCCCACGCCAGCGCAGCGCCAUCUUCAAAGAGAGAGGGAACGCGAGAGGGAGCGGCUCGCUCACGGCCCCCACAGCCUUCAGCCAGCAGAGGGCGCAACAGGCUCAGAGACGGACGGAGACGAGCCCUCCUUGCAGAUGUGCAACUCCCUCUCCUAUCACCACUUCCAUCAUCACCCACACAGGCACCCGUGCCACGAGCACCCGGACAGCUGCCAGAGCGCCGAGCUGACCUACGAGAACAUCAACGGCCUGAGGAGCAGCCGCAAGCAGCGGCUGAGUCCCAGCAGCGUGUCCCAGUCCGUGGGCUCCAGCAGCAGCAGCAGCACCGGAGACAGUCACCCUCACUCCCUCCUGCACCCCCACCGACCGUCCUCGCUUCCCCCGCAAGGCUAUGGCUGUGAGAGGGCCAUGGGCGGAGGUCACCGCCGGACGGCCUUGCUCAACUACGAGAACCUACCCUCGCUUCCCCCCGUGUGGGAGUACAGCGCCCUGCAGCGUGACGACGAACAGGAAGAAGAAGACGACGAGGCAGACGAGGAGGAGUACGAAGAGGAAGAAGAAGACUUUGAUGAGUACGAGUUCUCCGAAGGCCCCGAGACCACCAACGGCUACCACCAGGAUGGGCGGGGCAUCCACAGGGACGCUCUUCAGAACUACGUCAACACAGAGCAGGUGCAGCCGCCAAGGCUGCGACACAGCUGCCCCCCGCAUCCAAGGCCAUGUCAGCCCGACAGAGGGGGCCGCAUUUUUAGCUUUGAUUUCCGCAGACGCUCCAGGUCAGGGGUCGGAGCCUGCGAGCACGGCCACAUGCCUCAGCCGCGGCUCAACUACAUCCAGGUGGACCUCAAGGGAGAAGCUCUUGGUGGCGGCGGGGGCGGCCCGCCGCAGCACCAGCGUCUGCCGCCCAAAAAAUGCGGCCCGCAGGCUCCCAGGCGCAGCGAAUGCUACGCCGUCAUUGACCUGAAGAAGACGGCGGCCAUGUCCAACCUGCAAAAAGCUCUGCCCAGGGAUGACGGCACUUCCAGAAAGACUCGUCACAACAGCACAGACCUGCCUCUGUAGACCACGUCCACCAUGGAGGAGCGGACUUGACCACGGAUGGAUCUUCAUUUGAGCACACCGGACCCUUCACUGUCAUCCGUCCUUUUGGAUUGUGGCGCUGACUCGGACGGUAGCAGGGAGCCUCUGCCAUUCGAUGCUGUUAUUUAUUAGCUACGUGUUGUGACGUUCUCUCUGGAGUUUCACUUUCAAGUACUCUUUGCCGGAUGUUUUUCCGUCAUACCCGGCAGCGAACGGGAGCGGAGGUGUCUGUGUGGAGCCAUUUCCAUCUUGUAACGUGACUUACGGUCCCCGCACCAUUCCCACUCUUCUUGUUGCGUUCACGUACUUCCUCGGCCAGGCGGCAUCCACGCUUUGCAGAAGAAGUGUUUGUACCUCAUGGUAGGUGGCAGCGUGGUCACUUUAAGCAGCUCCUUAUUUCUUCAUGAAUGCCCGUAGAGCAGUUUGCACACAAUCCUAUGGAAUUGUAUUCUUCGGGUUCUGGGGACGUCGGGUUCUGACUGAGAGGUUGUUUUUUUUUUUUUUUUUUGGGACAAGUAGCACAAAGUGAAAUCAGUGAGCCUCGUCCCUCUCCCAAGUAGCAUACCUGCACCUCCAUCCACAGCGUAUUGCACUUUUGAAGAUGCUCUUUGUUUCCGCAGCCUCUCCACCUGAGCCGCACGUUCCUCGUAUACUCAAAAGAAGGCAGGAGGCCACAUUGUUUCACUGACGUUGGGCCAGCAUUUGUAGUUCUUUCAAGGUUUGGAAGACGACAUCCUGUGUAACCUCAUAGACGCUCAUUAAGAUCACCUCAAAUGUGCUGAUUCGACACUUUGCCCGUCAUCAGGUAUGAACGGUCUGCUUCAAAGGUAAGCAAGGUUAUUUUUUUAUUGGAAAUUACUCUCCGCCAUCUGUAGAAUAUUUAUUUAUUUAUUGCAUUAUUUAUGAGUCCCUCUUUUAAGUGUAUUACUAUUAUUUUCCAUGUGACAACCAGCAAUUGAAUUGUUAUUUUUUUUGUGUUUGUGUGUAAUCCAGUUGUUAGCCUGGAGACCAAAGUUUGGAAUUAUAACUGUGCUUGGUUCUAUUGUGACAAUUUUAAAAGAGACUUUAUUUCUACUUUUAAGUGCCAAAAUCAAACAUAAUGAAAUCAAAUGUGCCAAUUGUUUUCAAAAAUAUAUGAUAGGGCUGGAGAGACGGUGUGAGAAGUGUGGGGACGCAAACUUGAAAAAGAAUUCAUCUUUUUUUUUUUUUUUUUUUUUGAAGAUGAAUUUAAAAAAAAUGCACAUUUCACCUCAUUCACAUCAACUGUCAUUGUGGCGCAAGACGUUAAUGAUGAUAAUAAUAAUGCUUUUGACCAUAUUGUUAGGUCCUUAAAGUAGCAUCAUCCUGUUCCAUGUAACAUUUUCUGGUCAAUACUUAAAUACUGUAUUUAAUAUUGACUCACUUGCAAGCCGACUUGACAUAUUAGCAUUAGCACUACAUCUACAUAAGCCAUCAAAUGCAUAUUCAAAGGUUUUCUUUGCCUUUUUGAGCUUUUUCUGAGGGGGGCUUCUGUGCUGCACAAGUCAGAAGAGGCAUACAGUGGAACCUCUGAAGUUCUGGUAUAUUCUAUUAACAAAACAAUUUGUCCACAGGGAUUAGUUAUCACUUAAAGGGGACAUAUUAUGCUCAUUUCUUGGCCCUUUGUAUUGAGUUGUGGACUAUAGAGCAGCUACACACCAUAACCAGCACAGAAAGUGUUCUAGUGCUUCCAGAAUCUGCACCUAUUCAGUUGUAUUUCUUUGGAUUUCAUGGUUCAUGGUCUGUUUUAAUGUAAAACUCUGGUAGAGUCACUAAUUGUGGUGGGAAAAGCUAUUAGAAACCCCACUCAAUUUAUGCUAUAAUGCUAUGCAUAUAAAUGCUUUUGCUCUAUUAUUUACACAAAAUAAACAGUUAGGAUAAACUGAUAAAUUGUUACUUACUGCUUGCCCUUCUGACUCUUCCACACGACUGCGUAAAAUUGGAACGGCGUCAGGCUUCAGCAAGUUUGUCGGCUAGUCCAGCUACAUUCUGGUCCUUGUUCACAAAACAAAAUGCCGUUGACAGAUUAAAAUGCAUUUCUUUUGCUGGUAGGGAAUCAGGAACGCCAACCACCUCUUGUUGUAAACAAACAGCAGCGCAGGGCUUGGGGGAGGGCAGAGACUUUAUAUAUAUAAGGAAUUCCGCCCCUCUGUGAUGUCACAAAGAGGCAGUUUUACCCCGCCUUUUAAAACCGAGCGUUUUGAGCCAUCCCAAACUUCUUUCAGGGCUCACUUCCAAAUGUGCAAACCUCAUUAUCGGAAACUUUGACAUUGUUUAUCACGAGAAUAUAACAGUCGAACUACGUUUAUAGGUCGGAAAAGUGGAAAAAAGCAUCAUAGGUCCCCUCUAAAGGGAUAGUUUGGACGACAACCAUAUCAGCAGUGUAGUCCAUCAAAGGUGACUCUCAAUGGCUUCAGUUUUCAUCUAAGCUUUUGGAACGGAUUAAUUAAUAACAAAAGCCGAGGUACCACCGUAUAUCCCAACACAGAAGCCUUAAAAAUCCCAAUUCUGAAGUUAAAAUUAAUAUUUAAGUUGUCUUUAAAGGCUGUUGACUGGUGUUUACAUUUGCAAUAAGUACCUUUUGACAUCAGAACUAGGAGUCUUCAUGUCAUGGACGUCUGCCUUCACGUCAUAGAUUAUGGUUUGUCACGAUUGUACGAUAUUGUGCUUACAUUGUCAUGGACAUUUCCAGUGCCAUACACUCGCUCACUGUCCUGAGCCUUUCAGCGUGCCAACGUUCCACACUUGACAACAAGACAUCUUGGUCAAAAUGUCUUUAAACUUGUUUAUAACCUCGCAAGCACCCAAACUGCUACUUCUCCUAUAAUCAAGUCCGCUAAUAGUUCCACUACACACACACACACGAUCUCACCAAGCGUGGUGUUUACGCCUCAGGCAUGCGACACCCGGGGCUGGUGGGGAGAAGGGGGGGGUCACCCACGGUCAGCGUUGCUCUCGCCCGUCGUUAUCUGGAGGGCAAGGAGCCACAAGUCGAGAUAACAAGUGGUAUUGUUGGAGUUCCUCAUACUUAAUUUAUCGAGCGGGUUGUUUAACUAAAAGGGCUUGCUCUGUGUUUACCGUUUCAACAUCACGCCGCGUUAUCUCCGAUUCCAUUGCCACACUUUUCUCACUGUGCCUUUCACAUGGGGGAACAUGGCCGCUGUUUGCCUGUCGUCAAAGAAAAAUGCAAAGAAAACAGUUUGGCAUAUAGGGGGAAAAAUGUCAUCUUUCAUUCUUCCAGCUGGUAUAUUUGAUUGGCAGCAGAUGCCUCCUCCAACAUCAAUAGCAAGGCACCCUUUUGCUGCUUGCUUUGUAUGGGGGAAGAAGUAGCGCCAUCUGGUGGACAAGUGUAACAAAAUGAACUGAUAUGUGGCGAUGACAUUGGUUAGCCUUGUUACUUCACUAUCGCAUACUCCAGGAAGCCGGUUCUCUCAACACAUAACAUGGUUUCACUUUUUAUAUUUAAAUAGUUUUACUAUUUUUUACUUAUUUCGGAAAUUUUAAAGGAACUGCUAACCUAAAAUUCUGUUUGUCAUCACAGGAGAUGUAGCUAAUGGCUUUUAAGCUUCAUUUACACUUGCACGCACUUCGUCUCCGCAGUGGCCAAUCAGCAAAUUGGUCAUUAACAGGUGUGAAGGCGGGGUAAAAUGUUCAAAAUUAGUGGCACGCAUUAUUUCGUAAAUGCAAUGUCAACGCAUCUCCUAUGUGCCAAUAAUGCGGGCGGUGCGCAUUAAAGCGUUCCUCUGCGUGUCUCAUUCACAUGAAUGGGUGACCACUUCCACCACCUCUUGGAGCAAUUUGAGGGGGAAUUGUCUUGUAAUUUCUGGAACGUCUUGGAUUUUUGGGUUCAUUUAUCAUAAUGCCCAAAGCAAUGUCUUCUAGUCAGACUUAGACAGUCCUUAUUGAUCCAAAAUAAAUCAAAUGCAAUGCAAUAUGAAUAAAAUAUAAUAAUAUUAAAAUAAAUAAAAGGGAUAUAGGAAGCAAUAUUUGAAUGUUUACUGUAGAAAUAUUGUAAAUACAAGUAAAUGGACACUUUAUAUAAGUGUAGUAUAAAAUAUAGUUUAAAAAAUAGCUUUCUUUAUUACACAAGCUUAUAAUAUAUAAAAUAGAGGAAUUAAUGAAGCUGGGGGUGAUGUCCGAUGUUGCGCGGCAUCACCAAAUAACGGCAUGGAUGCGGGACAUGGUGGUAACAAUGCGUACCCAUGCAGGUAAAAUGCACAUCGCGUGUACUCUUGUCAUGCACUCGACGUAAACCGCAUUUGACAAGGUGUAAAGUCGUGGGUAAGUGUGCGUAAUUCAUGCGUGAACAGAAUGCAAACAGUGCACAAACUAGUCCUCACGCUUUUCAUAAUUAAUUAAAUGACACGUAUUGCUAUGGCAAAUUUGGUGACAAUGCGGAGGCAAAAUGCGUGCAAGUGUAAACGUCGCUUUAGCCUUGUAAAGUCAGGAUGUUUAUCAUUUAAGUCUUACCUCGUUAAUUAUUUGAGAUGUCAUCUGUUUCCUUAAAUAAAAACGUCCGACUGAGCAGUCUGUAGCAUUUAAUAGAACGUCACGCCUUGUUAGCCGUUUGACAGCUAGCAUGCACUCCAGGAAGUCACUUCUCCCAGCUCAAAACAGUUUUAAACGCACACGCAAAUCAUCAUUUUUUUAUAUUUUCUGCUGUUCUAAUAUGUUAUUUUUCAAAUUUCAAAAGAGACGAUAACCAAAAAUCCCAUUUGUUAUCACUGGAGGAUGUAGCUUUGCUUGCUAACAGUGCUUAGCAUUAGCAAAGUCAGGAAGCUUAAUGGAAGUCUUAAUCAAAUGAAUAUAAUAGUUUAAUGUUACCUUUACUUAGUAGGAAUAUUGAAUAUUCUCCCAAUGAAAAACAAUAGCGUAACAUCUUUGGCUUUUUAAACUUAUCAUUUGUAGCUCUUCUAAUAUGGAAUUUUUUCAAAUUUAAAAAAAAGAUGCUAACCUAAAACCCUCAUCACUGGAGAUGUAGCUUACCUGGCUAACAUUAGCAUUAUAAAGCCAGGAAGUUUAUCAUCAAACUCUCAUCAAAUUAAUUCUUCUAAAUUCCCACUUUUCCCUGACAUGACAAAUCUUCUCAUUUUGUAGCAUUUCAGAAAGUAGAGUUGGGAGAUAAUGUCAACAAAGUUAAUUGUGCUAACCUGAAUUCUUAGCAGCUAAAUUUCUGACGAAUGACUAAAUGUGACGACUCGUUUUUUUUUUCUCUUUUUUUCCUUCUUUGUUUUUCUGAUGUCAAGAUGCUAGAAACGUGAAAGGCAAGACAAAAAAGUCUUAACAGCAACAUGUCAUCCUCAUCAGGGCAAUUUCAUAUCAUUCUUACUGUAAACAUGAGAACCUCAUGGCCAUGUUCAUGCCACAAAAGAAAUAUUUCUCAAAAUAUCUGAUAAAAUGGUAUAUAUUGAUAUUCUGUAUGUGUUUUUUUUGUUUAUUUUUUAAUACAACAGUACAAUCACCACCAUUGUAGGAGUGUUAGGGAAAAAGAAAAAAAAAUCACAACGUUACGAAAAUAAAGUGGUAAUAUUCUGGGGUGCAAAGGUCCCUAAAAUAGUUACUUUUUUCUGAGAAUAAAGUCAAAAUACUAAAAUUGUGGGAAUUUUGCCCAUCACCUACAACCCUUAUGUGAUACAUGAAUACACAUCUUUUCUUUGUGUGCUAAAGAUAUAAACAGAUAUACCAGCUAAAAAGAGGCAGCUAAUUAAUGCACUUAACAGGACGCACCUAUUCCGCCUGGAAAGCCCGCCUCCAAAAAUUCUCCAACAAGGUUUUAUAUCCAUGCUGAGCAUGCUGUAAUAUUUGCAGUAUAUUUCCCGAAUUUGAUGAUUUUAAGCAUUCCCGGAACUUCCUUCCUGGAUGCAUAGAUGCAUUCUUAGCUACCUCAUUUUAGCUGUUUUUGCACCAAAAGGAGAAAGAUGUGUGUUUGUGUCUCACAUAAAAAUUACCCCCCAAAAAAGUGAAGUUUUUUUUAUUUUUAUUGAUGACAUUUUUUAAUGGUUCUCCAACUUUUUUCCACCAAGUAUCACCUCAAAAUGUUAGUACCACCUUUUUUGCUACCUCAGUUUAUUAUUGUUGUUUAGUUUGGGAUAUGUGGCUUGUACUCGCAGGCAGUUAACCUGUGGCGUUGGUGAAUAACUGUAAUACUUUUUGUUUUGUAUUAUUAUUUCAUGCUUUUUUCAAGUAGCAGUUUAAGAAUGGAGGACUAUUUCACCGUUCGUCACAUAUUAAUUAACACAGCUUUAAGUACAUCCAUCCAUUUCCUGUAACGCUUGUCCUCGCUUUAAGUAUGUAUCAUAUAAUCGUACAACUUUAUUAUUUUUAAAUUAUGACUUUAUUCCACAAAAAUGUAACUUUUUUUUUGUCAUAUUUUGACUUUGUAUUGGUAAUAGUUGUCAUACUCCUUGGUGCCACCAGGGGGUGAUGUAUUGUACAUGAAGGCUGCUUUGGCCUGGCUUUGUAACGACUGUGUCAGUUCCUCCAUUGAAAGAGUGCCAAAUCUGCUUGAGCAUGUCAAAUGUUUGGACC